AUAAGAUAAAAUGGAUUAAAGAAGUGUAGUGGAUGGUGGGCAAAAAUUAAAGUGGACAAAUAAUGCUGCGACGGAGGGAGUAUAAUGCAGGUGAUUGGGCCAACGUUGUUGAUGCUUAUAUUUGGGAUUGUGAAGUACUCCGAGAGGUGCGUCUCCCUCUACCUCGCAAGUGUUCGGGAGGUCGGUAAAUGGCAGUCCACCUCCGCGGAUUUCGAAAAGCUCAUGGCUUCCGACGACUUGACGACUGUGCUGCCACCAGUAGAAACCGCCGACGACCGCCCACGAGGACGUGCAGAGGAUCGUGUCCGAAGCUUACGACUUCCGGGGAGCCGUCGGGUGGGGACCUUCUUCGCGAAACCCGAGGACGGGUUGAGAAUCACUGAGGUUGUCAUGAACAUGAUAUACGAGAAAGUGUUCUCCAAGGCUCUGGUCCUGCAUUGUGUCUCGGGCUACACCCUCCAGUUCCUUACGUUGUUCUUCACCGCCGCCGCCCUCUUCCUCUUCUGGUUCCAAGGACACAACCAUUACUACGAUUACUACGCAACCAAACAUGUCCGCAGCGACAUCGGCGUCACGUAUGUCUUGUUCUGGGGCGCCAUUGUUCUCGAGCUGUAUUCCAUUCUCAUGCUCUUCUUCUCCGAUUGGACUCUCGGGAAAUUCGACAAAAGCCCGGAGUUGAUGAGCAAGUGCCUUCGGCGUUGCGAAGCUCUUGUGCUCCCCGCUCUCCGGAGACUCGCCAGUUUCAAGAUGAUCAAGUGGGACGGCGGGGACGGGGACGGGUACGCGUGCGGGAACGUUUUCUUCCGUAGGUGGUCGAGACGCGUGUCCAGGUACAGCUUGACGAGGGCGUACCACCUUUGCCAUGACGAAGACGCCAUCGUAUACAACUUCUGCCAGUUUGAGUACGACGAGUUGAUGUACGUCUCCCACGAGCCCCUCACCUUACACUUCUGGCAAUUCGUUUUCGGCCAUUUACGGCAGAAAAUCUCCCAACCCAAACCGCACAACUUCACCCUCCUCUCGGGAGGAUGUUUGGCGCUAAAGCCUACCGCCAAAACCCACCGCGCCGCAACUUCUUCUUCUUCUCCUUCCUCCUCUGACAAUUCUUCUGGCGACGAUAACGACAAUGAUGAUCCAUAUAUAAGCCUUGUGGUUGGGAUUGACGAACCUUAUAUAAACCUUGUCAUGGAAGAUAUGAACUUCGGAAGGAGCCUUUUGAUCUGGAACAUGGCCACCGACAUGAUUUACGCGGCGGAUGGCGAUCGGAUUGAGGAAAACCACAGCCGGAGUAGUGUUAAUAAUGCAAAGAGGAUUAGAAAGAUGUUGUCGGACUACAUGUUGUAUCUCCUGGUGUUGAGAAAGGUGUGGCCUCAAAUGGGGACCUUCCAAGGCCGCUUCUGGGAGUUAUGUGUGCGGUUGGAAAAGUUGGGCAAGGAACACGGCGGCGGAGGCGGAGAGGGUAAAAAAUUAUCUUUAAUCCAUGCUAUUGAUGACCCAAAGAAUGAUACAGAUAUAAAGGACAUGGAAGCGGCGAAGCUGUUUGACUGUGCGGCUAAACUUGCCAGGAUACUGUUGGAGGCGGCGGACCGACUGGGCGGCGGCGGCAGGGAGGAGAUGUGGAGGGUGGUGGGGAGCGUGUGGGCGGAGAAACUGUUGCUGGGGGCCAUGAAAUGCGACGUGAACACUCAUCUGGAGCUCAUGUGCAGAGGGGGCGAACUCCUCACGCUGGUUUGGCUCUUCACCGCAAAGAUCGGGUUUUGCGUUUCCGAACCGUCCACCUCAUCGAUCCCCGAUCACUUCCGCCCCAUUCCCUCCGCGCCGUCGUCCACGGCCAACACAGGGGGCGGCGAUGGACUCCCCAUCUGAAUCACUGCCGGGGCGGCGGCGGCGGCCACCCCUGCACACAGCUGUUUAUACGCAAGUCUAAGGCUAGGGAGGUAAACAAAUCAAAUACUCCAUCUAUUCCAAAAAAAUUUACACGUUUUGACUAAAGUUGAAAUUAAGGGAGCGAUGAUUUUGUGUUGACUUUCCAAAAAUACUCUUGAUGUGAUGGGUAAAAGUAUGAUGUGAUGUGUAGAUUAUUAGGAAAAAGGUAUAAUGUGAUAGGUAUGUUUGAAAAAGUAAGAGGUAAAAGUGGUUUUUUAAUAGAAAUGGGUAAGGAAU